CCCUCUCUCUCUCUCUCUCUGUCUUUCUCUGUCAUACCCUCUCUCUCUAUCUUUCUCUCUCCAACUGCAUUCCCCUCUUAAGUCUUCAGCUUCAAUUCUAGUCAGCUUGAAUUGAAUUUCCCUUCAGCUGGAGUGGAACCAUCAAUCAAAAGAAUAUAAAGGGUCCCUUGUUUUUGUGGCUUUGUUUACAUGUACAUACAUAUAUAUACUAUGUUUAUAUUUGUGGUGAUGAUUUUGAAUUGGGGUGUUUGGUGGAGGUGGUAAUAAACCUGAUAGUGUGUUGUGUCUGUCGGCGCAAGGUCACUUUCUGUUGGCAUUGUCUGUAUCCACUAUCCAACGAUGAUACACUACUGAGAGAGAGAGUAUUUUUUUUUUCCAAUAAAAAUUAAUAAAAAGUACAACGUGAUAGAGAGGUUUUACUUCUGGGUUUUCAUUGCUUACAGAGUGGCACUACCUUUCAGGGAGCAUAUUCAUAUCAGGCCUUGACCUUGUCUUUGGAGCCAACUGAGACUUCAAGUGUUGCUCCUGAUCUGAAGGGGGUGUUUGGUUUAGGCAGCUUUUUGAUUUUGAUGCCCCCAAAACCCCACUUUCUAUAUUUGCAUCUUGUGUGGAAGGAAGCCUUGAACAUCUUGGUUUGAUUGUGGAUUUGUGUUGAGGGUGGAAAAUUGGUUCAUAUGAGGGAGGGUGGAGGGGGUUUGUGGGUCAAUCUUGAUUUCCGUGAGUGGCAUUGGAACCUCCUUCAAAGUGUCAUUGGUAAAUGAAGCUCAGGCUUUCUGAGAUCCUGCCUCAUUAUUUAUCUCGUCAUAUAGGUCUGGAGAUUUGACUAAAAGUUUCAUGUACAAUAAGAGUUCAUAUAAAUUUGUACAGCAUAAGUGAAGGGAUUCCCACACCAAAUGUCAAGUACUCUUGCAGCAAUAUUAGGAGGAGCUGCAGGAGCCGUGGCAUUGGUAGGGAUUGCUAUAAUACUUAUAUGGUUUUGCUCGUCUCGUCAGAGAAAUGUUUCUAGGACUUCAGAGACAGGGUCCUCUGAUCCUUCCCAAGUGGGAAGACAUGGUGCAAUUGAGUUGCCUGUACGAGAUACUAGGCGUUUUGAGAUGGAAGAACUAUCUCUGGCCACAAAAAAUUUCAGUGACAAAAAUUUGAUUGGAGAAGGGAAAUUUGGGGAGGUUUACAAGGGUUUACUUCAAGAUGGGAUGCUUGUAGCCAUCAAAAAACGCCGUGGACUCGCUAGUCAGGAAUUUGUUGAUGAGGUACGCUACCUCUCGUCUAUUCACCAUCGGAAUCUCGUCACUCUUUUAGGCUACUGCCAGGAGAACAAUCUUCAGUUUCUUAUAUAUGAAUAUGUGCCUAAUGGAAGCGUCUCCAGUCACUUGUAUGGCGCUGGUCAACAAUCGCAAGAGAAGCUAGAAUUCAAGCUUAGACUUUCAAUAGCUCAAGGUGCAGCUAAAGGUUUGGCUCAUCUCCACUCUUUGAGUCCCCGUUUGGUGCAUAAGGAUUUCAAAACUGCUAAUGUUCUUGUGGAUGAAAACUUCAUUGCUAAGGUGGCAGACGCAGGACUUCGCAAUUUUUUGGGGAGAGUUGACAUUGCAGGCUCCUCUUCUCAAGUGGCAACAGAUGAAAUAUUCCUUGCAUCAGAAGUGAGAGAGUUCAGACGAUUUUCUGAAAAGAGCGAUGUAUACAGCUUUGGGGUAUUUUUGCUGGAAUUGUUAAGUGGGAAAGAAGCAAUAGAAUCACCAUUUCCGGAGGCUAAUGAAAAUCUGGUUGAAUGGGUGGUAAGCAAUCAAGACCGUGGCAUGAUGUCUUACAUCAUUGAUAGGAGAUUGGAGAGUAGUUUUACAGCUGAAGGGAUGGAAGAAUACAUCAUGCUCAUAAUUAGAUGCUUAGAUCCUUCAAGUGAGAGGCGACCUGCCAUGAGCUAUGUGGAAAUGGAACUUGAUCGGAUCCUAGAGAAGGAAAUGAACUUGACAACAAUCAUGGGAGAAGGAACCCCAAUUGUGACUCUUGGAAGCCAGUUAUUCAAAUCAACAAAAUAAAGAAAAAGGGUAUCGUUCUCUUAAAUUGUUAAGUAUUAUAUAGUAUUAUAUAUAUGUUAUAUUUGUGCAUUGCACCUUAAUUUGCUUUCUCAUUUUCCUUGCAUACCAGAGAAUAGGACCAGCUGCUUCCUAAGUGUAUAAAGAGCAGUUGUAUCCCCCACUCUCUUUUAUUUUUUUCAUGGUCCAGUGAUAAGCUGUAUUCUUUUCUUUCUUUCUUUUUUUUUUUCUCUUCCUAAUUUUUUUGCUUCAUAAAUGUAUGAGAUCUCUUGUAAACCAUUAUUUGUUGUUAAUAUGACAGUGAAGAUUGGGUUGGUGUGGCAAAC